GCGCGAAAGCUGAAGCCGGAAGUAACGAAGCUGAGGGGAGAAGGCGGCCAAUUCUUCGAUCAAACUACUCGCAGCAUCUUUAAACAUCCUCUUUUAACAUGGCGGACCCAAAGGACAAGGAGGAGCCCGAAACCACUGCAGACACAGCAGAGGACUCUAAUCAUGAUCCCCAGUUCGAACCCAUUGUGUCCCUUCCUGAGCAAGAUGUGAAAACAUUAGAAGAGGAUGAGGAGGAACUCUUUAAAAUGCGGGCUAAACUGUAUCGUUUUGCCUCUGAGAACGAGCCCGCAGAGUGGAAGGAGAGGGGAACCGGCGACGUGAAGCUGCUGAAACACAGAGAGAAGGGAACGAUCCGCCUCCUGAUGAGGAGAGACCGAACCUUGAAGAUCUGUGCCAACCAUAACA